AUGUUGAUUGGUAACGUAGAUGAGUAUGUACCACAGCGUGACCUUCAUGAACCAAUCGUCGACGACUUCUACUUCAUGGAACCUCCAUAUGGAACACCUGCCGAGUUUGUUGAAUCACACUUUGGCAAACAUUCUGGUGCAAAGAAUUUACAGUUUUUGCAAGGAACUACAACACUUGCAUUUAUCUACGAGCCAAAAACACCGGCAGAUAAGGGAGGGAUUAUAAUUUCUGUGGAUUCGCGUGCAUCUGCAGGAGAAUAUAUAUCGUCUAAGAGUGUUAUGAAAAUAUUGGAUAUCGGCGAUCGAAUGGUAACAACUAUGGCUGGUGGUGCUGCCGACUGUCAGUUUUGGACACGUAUUGUUGCUAAAUAUUGCGCAUUGUACGAGCUUCGAGAAAAGACAGAAAUUACUGUGGCUGCUGCAAGCAAAUAUUUCCAGAAUGUUUUGUAUUCUUAUCGAAACCACGGACUGUCAGUUGGUUCUAUGAUUGCUGGGUAUGACAAGCGUGGUCCUGCAAUUUUUAAAGUCGACAAUGAAGGACAGCGCGUUCAAUUAAGGCUAUGCAGCUUAGGUUCCGGCUCGCUGAGUGCUUAUGGUAUCCUAGAUAAUUUUUACAAACCCAAAAUGACAGAUGAAGAAGCAUACAAAUUGGGUCGGCGAGGAAUAAUGCACGCUACCUACCGUGAUACUGCUUCUGGCGGUGUUUGUAAUAUGGUACACAUUUCGCCAACCGAGAAAAUACGCUUUCCGCCACUUGACGUCUCGCAACUUUACUACGAAUUUGCUAGUGAGCUGGGACGGGAUAUUGUUUACGAACCUGAAAUGGAAGCAUAA